AUGGGUACUGGACAACAAUUCAGUCAGUACCUAGUAAAGUGUAUCGAGGCCAACCUGAAGACAGCCAGGUGCUUCACGGUGAUUGUUUACGACAGGGAUAACUCGGAAUACACCGUUGCUGAGACGACUCCGACAGGUUCAUUCUCCCUUGGUACGUACAGGGUCUCAUUAGGGUCUAAGACUUGUGAUUGUGGAUACUUCCAAGCACUUCACUUUCCCUGUCCGCACGCACUGGCAUGCUGUGCUUAUUCACGACUUACAUGGCAGCCCUACGUCCACGAGGUCUAUCGCCUGAGUUCCGUUUUCGGUGUCUAUCAGAUGGGAUUUACACCACCCAUUCCAGAGGGUUUCUGGCCACCUUAUGCAGGGCCAACCGUUAUACCGGAUCCGAAUAUGAGGCGUGCGCGGGAGGGUCGUCCUAGAUCCACAAGAAUCCGCACCAACAUGGAUGAAGCAGAUCCGAACCGGCCAAAGAGAUGUGGCCUCUGCAGGCAGCCAGGUCACACCAGGCGUAGUUGUCCACAAGGCGCAGGCCCCAGCGGGACUGCUAGAAAUCAAUAG